AUGACAACUGCACGACCAGAAGAUGCCAGAGAUUUCACAAAGCAGUCCAGCUAUGGGACUGCAGAGACUUCCGAUGUCUCAUUUGCCAGCGACGAUGGUGACUUGGACCCAGCCAAAGAUUCAGAGUAUUCAAAUUCCAAGUGGACGGUUGCAGCCCUGAGCCUCUGUAUGCUGACGAAUUCAUACCUUUUGAUUAGUGUUUUUCCGUAUGCUGGGCUCAUGGCCAUUGGCUUGCUUCAAGAUGCCAAUGAAGAGAAUGCUGGAUCAUAUGCCUGCUUGAUGGCUUCCAUGUUCAUGAUUGGACGCUCUCUGUCAGCCUAUUCAUGGGGGAAAAUUGCAGGUACGGAUGGUAGCACAUUUGCCUCUAUUCAACAUUGCUCUCCAGUUUUGCAUUUACCCUUCUCUUUGGCUUGGCCCCGAGCUUUGGAAUGGCGCUCUUCUGGCGGUUUUGUCUUGGACUUGGAAAUGGAAUGGAAUGGUUGA